GGCGGUGCGCUGCGUGUACGCCCCGCUGCUGAGAGCGAGUGGCUUACAUGCGGUGCGGGCAGCCGUGUGUCUGCAUGUGGGAAGUACGCAGACCUCUGCCGCCAGCGUACCGCAAGAGCAACAACUACGACAACAACAACUACUACUAUUGUUAAUGCUGGACAACCAAAGGCGGUGAUGGCUAUAUUUGGUGAUUUUCAUUAUGGUGAAACUAAAAGUGUAUUUGAAGAAUUCGAGGAGUGUUUUUAUCAAAAACCUAAUAAGGGAAGCUGUGACGCACGUCGGAGUGAUCAUGCUCAGCAGCAAUUGGUUAAUCCUGCAGUAAAAGAAGGUGAAACUGUAACAGAGUUGACGCAACCCACCCUAGCAGGUCGUGAUCUUCAACCGUCCGUUUUGGGUGGUAAUGAACAAUCUCAAGAUUCUUCCAAUGACUUAGCUAGAGGCAAAGCAGAUGCAUCACAGAACGGAGGUCCUGAAACACAAGAUAAUUUAGUUAAAGGAGAAACAGUAAAAAGUCCGUCAACAACACAAAUCACAUCUGAGGGAUCUACUUCAGCUACACAAGAUGAUGCAGUACCACAUGGUGAUCAAGGAACACCAAACAACACAUCUGAUAACACUGCAACCGGUGAACACAAACCUAACCAGCCAUCCCCUACAGCAGCGGAGAGUGCUGCACCCAGGGAGGGUAGUUCAGGUAACCAAACUCCAGGUACGACUGCCGCUGACUCUCAAGAAACAAAUACCACUACUCUGCCUAGCGCUGAGAAGACUACCACAGAAGCACCAACCACCACUCCAUCUCCUGUACCCAACGCGGAGAUUAACACCAUUGCCUCCACUGUACUGAAGAACAAGGCUAAUGUUGACAGCAGUGUCAAUCCUGUGUGGGUACGUGUGCCACUGUUGAUUGUGGCUGUGUUCUUCUCCGCUACCGUGUACUGA